AUGUCUCAGCAGAACAACAACAUCAACAACAACAACCACAGCAUCAAUGGCAACAUAAUCCCCAACAACAACAACUUAAUCAUCAGCAAUGGUAACAGCUCAAGCAACAACAACAUCAACAAUAUUGAUGGCAGCUCUCGACUACGAAAGCACAAAGACAAUAAAAUUUGCGGUGUCUGCGGGGACAAAGCUCUUGGGUACAACUUUGACGCCAUUUCCUGUGAAUCUUGUAAGGCCUUUUUUAGGAGGAAUGCCUACAAAGGAGUGGUGAGUUAG